ACGUACAGCAAUCCAGCAGGGAAAGAAUAGUAGUGAUCGGACGAAAUUCGAGGGAUACAUACACCCCACUAUCAUUUUCUUCACAAUGUCUUGCGGUCAUUCUCUGGACGGGAGCUUCCCACCUUCCCCGGCCGAGGACAGCAGGGGCACAAAGCGGUUGUCCUGGGGAAGCUUGCUGCAAACCCUCGCCGAGCUCAAGGGGCUCAAUCACAGGCAGCGCAACCAAAGUGACAUCGAUUCAGUCGCCGACAUGUCCCUGUCCAGUUCUGACAGCAGCCUCUUCUGUUACCCUUCUGAGGAGAUUCUGGCCACAGAGCUGGUAGCCAACAUAGAGGGAGCCCUCCACGGAGCCGCACACCUAUUGGGCUGCUCCCAUCUUUUUAUACCAAACUCCCUGCUGGAUCACGUUGGCUUGGAGCUGGUCCACCUAGCGGUCAGUGAACCGUGUGGUCUGCGGGGAGCACUUAUCAACCUGUGCGUGGACAAGGGCACACCAGGGUCCCUGUGCAGCAUAGAGGAGAUCGCGGUAGACUCUGCCGUGGUGCCCACCUUUCACGUCACUCUGGUACUGAGAGCAGAGUCUGGUGGACUCUGGCCCAAACUCCAAAGGCUUUUUAAAAGCAGCCGAUCAGAGCAGAUGUGUGGGACACCAUCGAGGCAUCAAAACUCUCUAAGACUGAGUUCCAGCUUCAGAGCCAUGAAAAGGAAGUUGUACUGUUCAGGGGAACUGCUCAUUGAAGAAUGCUCCUGACCCAAGCACUCAUUGACUGAAAAGUUCUUUAGAGAACAAGUCACGCAUGAAUGAAAAUUCUUGAAAAAACUUUUAUAGUACUUUGGUAACAAGCCUUCUGUGGCAGCUUUUUUUUUUUUUUUUUUAAAUACAAAUGAAUUUUAAUGUUUGUUGACAAGAUGAUUUUGCUGAUUGUCAAAUGUUGCAGUGUUUUUGUACUGAAGACAAAUAAAUUAUUUU